UAAAACUCUCUUUCUCUCUCUAAGUUCGUUUCGUUGUAAGUUGUAACACAGCCUCCAAUCCAUUUCCUUAACUCCGUUUCUGACUCUCUCACAUCACUUGUUUCUUAUUUCGCAACACUAACUCACCGGAAUCUCGCCGUCAAAUCCCUCACAAUCACCGUCAAGGGAAUUGAUGAUUGAACAGCGUUGAAGUCUGGUAAUGUGGUGAUUCAUAGCUUGAAUUUGCUUGAGGUGCGAGUUUCCUCCAGUUUUAAUUUUCAAAUAUCAUGUCUCUAAUUAUUUAUAUAUUAUUAUUAUUAUUUUUAGGGAAAUGUUAUAAUUACGGUCUUUUUUCUUAUUAUUUGUUACUACCAGAUUUUAACAGUUGAUUUUCGCCAAUCUAAUGAUUAUAAUUUAUUGAGUCAUAUUUAUUAAUUAAUUAUUAAUUUUAAUAAAUUAUAACCGUUGAAUUGAUGGAAAACAAUGAUUAAGACUUGCUAGUAACAAGUAGUAAAGAAAAAAGUAGUAGCUAUAACCUUUCCCUUGUUAUUGUUAUUGUUAUUGUUAUUUUGGUGGAGUAUAUUUUCUUCUAUAAUGAUAAGCUUAUUUUGUUUUUUGCAUUUUUUUUUGGAGCACGCUCGAGUGAUUUCUAUUUUUUUAUUUUUUUCCUAUUUUGGCAUGAUUUGAUUCUCUUGGGUUUGAUACGGCUCUAAGCACUUUUUCAAUAAAGGGCGUGUCGCUUCCAUGUUUGAUUUGUCUUUUUUAUUUUUUUCCUCCCUAUUUCAAGUUAUGCUUAUGUACCUUGUAACAUUGAACAUUUACGUUUCUGUUCAAAAAUAAUCUUAACUAAUGUAUUUUGGUUUAAUUUUUUUGGACCGAUAUAUAUUAUUACUUGAAUGUGGUUAUCAUAUUUCAUCAUACAGAAUCAAGGGGUUUCAAGUUAUUGUCAUUUUGUGGUCCUUUCUAUUCCACGCAUGUUGUAAACUCAUUUGAAAUCUUAAAACAGUUCUUGCCUAUUACCUGUUGAUAAUUGUACCGGCUUUGUUGUUUCAGCCGCGGAGUCAAUUAGAAUGCGCAUGCAACAGUGUUAUCAACAUCUGUGGAAUAAAAUCUGUGUGCAUUGCUAUUAAGUAUUAGCUGUUAAGUCGUGCCUAUAGAUAAGACAAAGAUGUUGUAAUCAUUUUCAAAGUCAAUCUGUAUGCUCUUUCCCGUGUGAUGAUUCGUGAUUUGAGAUGUACAUUUAGAAUCUAUUACCAUUUCAGUAAUGUCUUCUCUCCGUACUUGCCUUCACGGAAUUCUUUGUUUUGAAUGCCAAACAUUGUUUUCUAGUUUCAGUACUCAGUAAUGAUGAGGUGCUACGUUUUGUUUGACUCUCAUGCCAACGAUAUUCCCUUUUGGUAGAUUAGCAAAGUUAUGAUGUCUCUCCAUCUAGUGGAAAAGUUGCAUCAUAUAUGUAAUAAAUGGUCCAUGGUUAAUUUUUCUUUUUGGCCUUACUUUCCAGGGUUCACAAAUACAGUUAGUUAUUUGUUCAUUUGCUUUUAUUUUUCUUUGGGGAGCUGAGAUGGAAAUAAAUGUUACCAAGAAAGUGCUAAUUGCUUGUAGAGCUAUAUUGUCUUGUUUAGAGCAAUGCUAAUGACCCUUUCAAUGUUAUCUAAACUGUAUAUUCAUAUAAUCCAUUUAUCAGUGUUAGCAUUCCAGGCCGAAUUAUCGUUAAGCACCUUCUGGUGCAUAUUGUUCGUUAGUCUAUGAUUUGAACUACCUUGAUUAUGAUUGUUCUGUUUUGAGUAUCUUAUGCUCUAUGUUAUGUACAAAUAUUUGAAGCCUGGAAAUCCAAGUUUUAAGUUGUGACAUAUUAUUAUUAUCUGCAUCAAUGAACGGUUUACUAACUCUUUUUAGCCAAAAGGAAAUUUUUUUUUGCUAAUUGCUAUUGUUGAAGUAAUUUGUCCAAGAACCUUUAUAACUCUAAGAACCAAGCUAGCAAAUGUGCCUGGAAUGAAUCACAAGUGAAAGUAACAGUAGAUAAUAUCUGCACAAUUAUCUGUUAAUAUCUUGUAUAAUGCAUGAUGCCUUUGCCAUUUUUUAGUUGGAGACUUGAAGGUCAAUGGUAUGCUGUUGUUAGGAUACUGGAUAGAAUAUAUAUUGUCUUCUUCCAAGUAUUUAUUUAUUUAUUAGCUAAUUUUUUUUUAUGGGUAUGAAUUGAUACAAAAAAAGACAUAAAAGAGAAGGUUCCCUUUGAUCAGCAUGGCAUCCAGAUCAUAUGCUACUCUACUAGACUUAGCUGGAGGUUUACUGGAUAUUCCUCACACCCCAAGAACUAUUCCAAGGAUUAUGACAGUUCCUGGAGUUAUUUCUAACCUGGACUUUUGUGGUAGAAAUGAUGGGGAUUCAGAUGUCAGCUCUUCUGGCUGUCUGGAGCGGAAAAUCAUUGUGGCAAACAUGUUGCCAUUGCAGGCUAAAAGAGAUAUAGAAACUGCUAAAUGGUGUUUCAGUUUGGAUGAAGAUUCAAUUUUGCUACAAUUAAAAGAUGGUUUUUCUUCCGAUACCGAGGUGAUCUAUGUGGGAUCUCUCAAGGUUGAAAUAGAUACCAGUGAGCAGGAAGAAGUUGCUCAGAAAUUACUGGAGGAAUUCAAUUGCAUACCUACCUUUCUACCCCAUGAUCUCCAGAAAAAAUUCUAUCUUGGCUUCUGCAAGCAGCAGCUUUGGCCUCUCUUUCAUUACAUGUUACCUAUGUGCCCUGAUCAUGGUGACCGUUUUGACCGCUUACUUUGGAAGGCCUAUGUUUCUGCAAACAAAAUAUUUGCAGAUAAGGUUAUGGAAAUAAUCAAUCCGGAUGAUGAUUUUGUUUGGGUUCAUGACUAUCACCUGAUGGUUUUGCCAACAUUCCUAAGGAAGCGGUAUAAUCGAGUUAAACUAGGAUUCUUUCUUCACAGUCCUUUCCCUUCAUCUGAAAUUUACCGAACUUUGCCGGUAAGGGAAGAAAUUCUGAGGGGAUUGUUGAAUUCUGAUUUAAUUGGUUUUCAUACGUUUGAUUAUGCUCGUCACUUCCUCUCUUGCUGCACUAGAAUGCUAGGUCUGGACUAUGAAUCUAAGCGAGGACAUAUAGGACUUGAUUACUUUGGCCGGACUAUAUUUAUCAAAAUUUUGCCUGUAGGCAUUCACAUGGGUCGGCUUGAAUCUGUAUUAAAUCUUCAUUCUACAUCCACUAAAUUGAAAGAGAUUCAGGAAGAAUUUAAGGGUAAGAAGGUGAUUCUCGGUGUUGACGACAUGGAUAUUUUUAAGGGCAUCAGUCUGAAGCUUCUAGCUGUUGAGCAGCUGCUGCAGCAGAAUCCAGAUUUGCGGGGCAAAGUUGUCCUAGUUCAGAUUGUGAAUCCUGCUAGGGGUUCUGGGAAGGAUGUUCAGGAAGCAAAGAAGGAAACAUAUUUAAUUGCCCAGAGGAUUAAUUAUACUUAUGGUUCAAACCAUUAUCGGCCAGUUAUUCUCAUUGACCGUCCUGUUCCUCGUUUUGAGAAGAGUGCUUAUUAUGCUGUAGCAGAAUGUUGCAUUGUCAAUGCUGUGAGGGAUGGCAUGAACUUAGUCCCAUACAAAUAUAUUGUCUGUAGACAAGGAACUACACUGCUGGAUAAAGCUUUGAUUAGAAAAAGUGAUUCUCCUCGUACAAGCGUGCUUGUUGUGUCUGAGUUCAUUGGUUGUUCUCCUUCUCUAAGUGGAGCAAUCAGAGUCAAUCCUUGGGACAUAGAUGCUGUUGCUGAUGCUCUGUAUACAGCCAUUACUAUGCCUGAUUCAGAGAAGCAAUUGAGGCACGAGAAACACUACCGGUAUGUCAGUUCUCAUGAUGUGGCGUAUUGGGCACGCAGCUUUAUGCAGGAUUUAGAGAGAGCAUGCAGAGAUCAUUACACCAAAUGGUGCUGGGGAAUUGGCUGGGGCCUAGGGUUUAAAGUUGUUUCUCUUUCUCCUGGUUUUAGGAAAUUGUCUGUUGACCACAUUGUUUCAGCAUACAAAAGAACCACUAGAAGAGCUAUAUUUCUCGAUUAUGAUGGUACUCUUGUAUCACAAUCUUCGAUAAAUAAAAUCCCCAGUCCUGAAGUCAUAUCUCUGCUAAAUGUUCUGUGCAAUGAUACUAAAAAUACCGUGUUCAUUGUGAGUGGGAGGGGAAGAGAUUCUUUAAGUGAUUGGUUUACUUCAUGCAAAAUGAUCGGACUUGCAGCUGAACAUGGAUACUUUUUAAGGUGGACUCAAGAUUCGGAAUGGGAAACCAGCCACUUGUCUGCUGAUCUUGAUUGGAAAAAGAUUGUUGAACCUGUCAUGCAGUCGUAUACAGAGGCAACUGACGGAUCUAGUAUUGAAAUCAAAGAAAGUGCCUUGGUGUGGCAUCAUCAAGAUGCAGACCCUGAUUUUGGUUCUUGUCAAGCUAAAGAAUUGUUGAAUCACCUGGAAAGCGUGCUUGCCAAUGAACCUGCAGUUGUUAAGAGGGGCCAGUAUAUUGUUGAAGUCAAGCCACAGGGAAUAAGCAAGGGCUUGGUAGCUGAAAAUAUUCUUUCCACUAUGGUUAAUGGUGGAAAUUCACCAGAUUUUGUGAUGUGCGUUGGGGAUGAUAUUUCUGAUGAAGACAUGUUUGAGAGCAUAUUAAGGACGGUCUCAUCCCCAUCAUUGCCGUUAGCUCCAGAGAUCUUUGCCUGCACUGUUGGUCAGAAACCUAGCAAGGCCAAGUACUAUCUUGAUGAUCCUGCUGAUGUUGUGAAGUUGCUUCAAGGCCUUGGUACUUCAUCUCAUCCUAAGCCCAGGCAUCUAGCCCAAUUCCAAGUUUCUUUUGAGAGCACAAUUUGAGUUUGGACAGGGCAAGACAUAAUUAUUGGUUCCUUGUGGCUUCUCUAAUUGCGAGGAUUCUUCGCCUGUGAAUAAGGGAAUGUUAUGUUAAAAAUCUUAACCUGACAUAUGGUGGGACCCUGGUGUUGCAGAUCUGGUUCUUUGCACCUGAACCAGUUUGCAUGGCUUCUGGAAGCUUUGUUUUUUUUUUUUUGAUCAAUUGUGCGGUUCAUGACGAGCUGACAAUUCUUCUCAGGUACACGGUAACAUCAGUUGUAUUUGCUGGUGCCACGUAUAGCUGUAGUUGUGCUUAGUGCUGUAGGCCAAUAGAUGUUCGCAUUGAAACAAUGGGCACCAAUAACUUGUACAGUUACACUGUUUUUGUUAACUAUACAUAAUGCCAAG